GACAUUUUCUUGGAGGAGCCAGUUUGCCAUUGAUGGGAAGAGGAUGCAUUGUGGGCUGCUGGAGGAGCCUGAUAUGGAUUCCACAGAGAGCUGGAUUGAAAGAUGCCUCAACGAGAGCGAGAGCAAGCGGUAUUCCAGUCACACGUCCCUGGGGAAUACGUCCAAUGACGAAAAUGAGGAGAAAGAAAACAACAGGGCUUCUAAACCCCAUUCAACACCAGCUACCCUACAAUGGCUGGAGGAGAACUAUGAGAUUGCAGAAGGGGUUUGUAUCCCCCGCAGUGCUCUCUAUAUGCACUACCUGGACUUUUGUGAGAAGCACGACACACAGCCUGUCAACGCCGCCAGCUUUGGGAAGAUUAUUAGACAACAGUUUCCACAACUGACCACAAGAAGACUGGGCACCAGGGGCCAGUCAAAGUACCACUACUAUGGUAUCGCUGUGAAGGAGAGCUCCCAGUACUACGAUGUGAUGUACUCCAAGAAGGGGGCGGCGUGGGUGAACGAGACAGGCAAGAAGGAGGUCAUCAAGCAGACAGUGGCGUAUUCACCACGCUCCAAACUGGGGACGCUCCUGCCAGAGUUUCCAAAUGUCAAAGACUUAAAUCUGCCCGCCAGUCUGCCAGAGGAGAAGGUGUCAACGUUCAUCAUGAUGUACAGAACUCACUGCCAGAGGAUACUGGACACAGUAAUACGCGCCAACUUUGAUGAGGUCCAGAGCUUCCUGCUGCACUUUUGGCAGGGCAUGCCCCCGCACAUGCUCCCUGUCCUGGGCUCCUCCACUGUGGUCAACAUCGUGGGCGUCUGUGACUCCAUUCUUUACAAGGCCAUCUCUGGGGUUCUUAUGCCCACCGUCCUGCAAGCACUGCCUGAUAGUUUGACCCAGGUGAUCCGGAAGUUUGCCAAACAGCUGGAUGAGUGGCUUAAAGUAGCACUUCACGACCUGCCUGAAAACCUGAGGAAUAUCAAAUUUGAAUUAUCUAGAAGAUUUUCUCAAGUUCUCAAGAGGCAGACAUCUUUGAACCAUCUAUGUCAGGCGUCACGGACGGUGAUCCACAGUGCAGACAUCACCUUUCAGAUGAUGGAGGACUGGCGGAACGUGGACCUGAACAGCAUCACCAAGCAGACACUUUACACCAUGGAGGACACAUGGGAGGAGCACCGGCGGCUCAUCAUCAACUUGUACCAGGAGUUUGACCGUCUGUUGGAGGAGCAGUCUCCUAUAGAGGCCUACAUCGAGUGGCUGGACUCCAUGGUGGACCGCUGUGUUGUCAAGGUGGCAGGAAAGAGGCCCGGGUGCCUGAAGAAGGUGGCCCAACAGUUCCUGCUCAUGUGGUCGUGCUUCGGGACCCGAGUCAUCCGGGAUAUGACCCUCCACAGUGCGCCUAGCUUCGGCUCGUUCCACCUGAUCCACCUGAUGUUUGAUGACUAUGUGUUGUACCUGCUGGAGUCCCUGCACUGCCAGGAGAGGGCCAACGAGCUCAUGAGGGCCAUGAAGGCAGAGGGCAGCACAGCUGAACAAGAGGAAGAGAUGAUGCUGACAGAGACCACGCCCACCUCCACGUCCCCAGGGCCAUUUUCCCCACCGAAGUCUGUCACCUCAGUUGGGGUUCCAGCCGCAAGCUCUCCCACCGCUGCCCAGUCCCCAGAGUACACAGGGGCCACAGCCACCACAGGCGCUGUUCAGUCAUAUACCUGGUCCCUUACGUACACAGUGACAACGUCAGGCGGCACUCCUCCCGAGGGCGGACAGCAGCAGCCCUGCAUGCGCAGCGGUGCACCCGUGCCCCCUCCCUCCUCCACCCAUCGACUGCCAGUCUACGCCCACAGGGACGAGCACGGGUUUACUGGGAGCUAUAACUACGGGAGCUACUCUAACCAGCACCCCCACUCCAUCCAGAGCCAGUACCCCAGUCUGGCCCACGAACCAGGCAUCCCUGCCCCCCUCCACUAUCCCGCCUACCACCGCACCUCUGCACAGUACCCGCUCAAUAGCCAGAUGUCUCGGAUGGAGCCAUGCUUGAUGGGAGGUGCUCCUCGGCUGCACCCUACGCCCGUGGCCCCACGGUGGGCGGAUGUCUCCCCAGCCAACAGCUGUUACACCAGUCCCCCUAUGCACUCCUCCCGCUACGCCGCCUCUGGAGACAUGUACUCCCCCCUGGCCCCUCGCAGGAACUCUGAGUACGAACACUCACAACACUUUCCCGGCUUCGCUUACAUCAAUGGAGAGGCCACCACAGGCUGGGCCAAGUAGGCUUCCUAUUCAGCCCUCAGAGAGCGGAGCUGUCCUGGGCACAGUCAUGCCCAUGCAGCCUGCCAAGCCUAUGGAUGCAAACGUCCCACUGCCUUUCCCCAACACGACCCAGAGGCACCUAAUCAGGAGUAUCAGUGUAAUGGUAGGGGAGAGAGGCUGGAGAGUAGCAAAACUGGGUAACCUUGUUAACUUGAUCCGCAGGCCACAGCACAGACAAACAAGAUUCAGGACUUCUUCUCACAUUACACAAUCAGAAUAUUGUGGCGUAGGCCUAGUCUGUUGAAGGCAAUAAUCGCCUCAAUGGUGGUGCUGUUUGUUGUUUGCAGAAAAUGGCUGUGCAAACCCUUUGGGAUUAUAGAAACAGAGGCAGUCGGAAGAAUCUCACGUGGAAGUGUGCAGUGUGAGACUGCCCAGCUGUGCCUUUUCAAUUAAUGAACACCCAUCCUUGCCCGGCAACCUGCCAAGUCAACAAACACUGAUCAUCACCCCUCCCUCCCUGUACUGGGACACUAAUGUACGCAACUCUGUUUACGUUGUAUACUGUGGCUGACGUCAGUACAGUAUCUUAACGAUGCACACCAUUUUCUCUUGGUCAACACUUACUCAGAGUAGGCCUCUGAGACAUUGUCCAGAAGACAUGCUAACCUAGUUCACGGAAAAUGAACAUGAAUGUUUCUUAUGUGAUAAGUUAAGGUUGUCGCUCCGUUUGUCUGUUUUCUUCCGUUUGGUGCCUAAUGAAUACAACCCAGGAUGGAUUGCCUUAAUGUUUCACCACUGGAGCCCAGUCAUGUCAAUUGGCAUACAGCCAAAAAACUAUGAGAGAAGUUUAUGGCUGAGACAAAGCUAAACAUGUGGAGAGCCUUUAUUAGCUUGUCAGUUUCACAUGAAUAGUUUUUUUUAAUGAUCGAGUGCUGUGCCUCAGCCAGAUAAUUUGUGUGCUGUGUCACAACCUCUGUUGCUGUAUUUGUGGGAGGAGGAAGACACUAUAGAUAUAUUCUCUGUAACUUUGUAACAUUGUGUUCUUUUUUGUUUUCUGUGUUACAGUUGGUAUUUUGUUUUCGUUUUUUUAUGGAUAUAGUCAAGGAAACAUUAACCUAGUUGUGUGUGUUUUAUAAUGCACUCAAAGCUACUGUGGACCUAUUACCCUAUGGGUAGGAAUAAAAAGGAACAAAUAUCAAAGUGUAACACACAUGAACUAUAGUCACUUUUUUCUGUAAAUACAAGCACUCGACAACUUCAGUGGUGACAACUGUUACAGUUUAAACUGAUAUGUAUGUGGAAUUAUUUGUUGCCACAUA